AUGGUCACCGGCAAAUCGCAUCCUGCCGGCCCUGAGCCGUUCCAAUCCCUCCACCCCGCUGAACCGCCCGUCGUGCCCUCCUCGCCGCCCUCCAAACGCGACCUGGCCUCGUGGUGGCGCCAGUUCAAACGCAAUACUCGCAAGGACGAACCGAAAGCUAACUUCCCCGAAGAAAAACCGCAGGGCAUCUUCGGCGUCCCCCUCACCGUCAGCAUCAAAUACGCCAACGUCGCCAUCUCCCUCACCAACGAUAACGGCGAGAGUUUCAUUUACGGCUAUGUGCCGAUAGUUGUGGCCAAAUGUGGGGUCUUUUUGAAGGAAAAGGCGACGGAUGUCGAGGGAAUCUUUCGUCUGAACGGUUCGGCCAAACGAAUCAAGGAUCUCCAGGAGAUCUUUGACUCCCCCGAGCGAUAUGGAAAGGGCCUCGAUUGGACGGGGUAUACCGUCCAUGAUGCCGCCAACGUCCUCCGGCGCUAUCUUAACCAACUCCCGGAACCGAUCGUUCCGUUGGAGUUUUAUGAGCGCUUUCGCGAACCCCUACGCACGUAUCAGAAACAGGUCCAGAGCCCCGAGCCGCCCGCCGAUGGGACCGGGUUUGACCACGCAAAGGCCGUCGCCGCCUACCAACAGCUGAUUCGGGAGCUGCCUCCUCUGAACAAGCAGCUCCUCCUAUAUAUCCUCGAUCUGCUCGCCGUCUUCGCCUCCAAGUCCGACCAGAACCGCAUGACCUCGGCCAACCUGUCGGCCAUCUUCCAGCCGGGACUCCUGUCACAUCCGCAGCAUGACAUGUCGCCCGAUGAAUACAAGCUGAGCCAGGAUGUGUUAAUCUUCCUGAUCGAGAACCAGGACCACUUCCUCUUCGGCAUGAACGGCACCGCCGCCGAUGAACAGACGGUCAAGGAACUCGAGGGCGGGGGUUUGACCCCCCGACCGUCGAAUCAUUCGAACAUCCGACGCUCCGUCUCCAGCGCCAGUGCCGGCGCGGACAGCUUUCGCAAGUAUGACAGCCUCCGUCGGAAUGUCUCCGUCUCCUCUAAGACCUCACGCCAGUCCAACACGCCCAGUCCCGCCACGCCCACCUCGUUGGGCGGCGUGGGGGUACAUCGCAGCAACACGCUCCCCUCCAAGAUGCGCCCAGCCAUGCAUUAUGGCCGGGUAACGGAGUCGACCGGGGGCACCACCCCGAGUCGUACGUCUGCACAGCACUCGCGGUCAUCCACACCGCCCCCGGCCGAGCAGAAACCCCCUUCUGCGGCCCAUGGGGUCGUCCCUGCGACCGGGCCCCUUUAUACUCACGAUGCCAAACAUGGGCCCCAACCGAAGAGCCCAAACUCGACGCCAGUCGUCGCCCCUGCUCCCUCUCCUGCCCCUGCUUCUGCUCCUGCACCUGCACCUGCACCCGCUCCCGCUCCCGCUCCCGCCUCCGCACCGACUCCGCAGGCUGCUCCCGAUAAACCAGUCUCAGAAGCCCUCGUUCUGCCUCAGUCUCCCCCGCCCGCGGUGACUCCCACCAAGGAACGGAAGCUGUCCAGUCUCUUCAGCAAGUCACCACCCAGUGGGGAAUCCAAGGAACCGCGCCAGCCCAACCGGCUGAAAAAGAAACGCAUUCCUGGUAGCGCUAGUGAGAGCGCACAGAGCUCUGCACAGUCCCUCCAUGGGCCGCCUGCCGACCUUGCUGCCACUUCAGCUUCGUACUCUCGAUUAGAUGUUAGCGAGAGCGGAGGAGCUACUCCCAAGGCGCCGACCCCGGAUGAUCCGUCCCAGACGGACCCGAAGAACGACAAAACCGGCCCCAACGAGGCCGGCCACCAUGAUACCUCCCUGCGGCCAUAUGGCUCGCGGACGCCGUCGAUGAAUUCGCGCUCGUCCUUUACCGAUUACUCGGACGUUGACCCGCCAGACGAAACGUCCCGGUCGGACCGCAAAGAGCAGCGUCGCAGUUGGCGCUUCCACCGGUCCAAACAGAGCAACGAACAGAUGGGUUUGGGCCUAGGGUCUCCGCCCCUUCUUGCCUCCAACCCCGGAGCCGAUCGUAGCACUAGCUCGAUUGGACACCACUCCAGCCGUAGCUCCCCCUCCGACCCACAGCUUCACGAUCCCGCGCACCAACCGCUCAGCCUUGAUGCGGAGGUGAACAACACCAAAGAGUCUCCCCCGACGGAGCCCGAAAAGCGCAGCCUCUUCGGCAAGUUCAAAGCCAAGGUGGCCCAAGUGCGGGACGGCGUGAAGGAGUCGAGUGAGCGCGACCGCACGCGCAGCCCCGUGCAGCCAGAUGCGGAGAAGUCGGCUUCCAGCCAGACUCUGUCUCCUCCGGGACAGGACAGCCUGAGUAACCGACCGGCCCCGAUCGACGUGACCCGGGACAAGGAAGGACCGCAGGCCAGUUCUCCAGUGUCGCCUCACACGGGGUCCGGACUGCCACCGGCGAUUCCAGAGGAACCCCGCACACCAGACAGUCCGGUCGCGACGGGCUCGAAGGCGGCCAGUCCAGAGGUGGCCAAGGUUGCAAAGGACAUCGCGCCCCAACCCACUGAGGCGGAGGGCACUGGCACGGAUGGUGCCAAGCCAAAGACGACAGAGAGCACUGCAGGCACAGGGACUCUGCCGACGUUUGAAUCGCACCAGGGGGAUAUCGAGACGGAGAAGUUCCUGGACAACUGA